CCGGGCGGAGCGGGCGCGGGCCAUGGCGGACCUGGCGCAGGGGCAGGGACAGAGCGCGGCCCCCGUGGGCAUCAAGCCCGAGGGCUUCGUGGACGCCCUGCACCGCGUCCGGCAGAUUGCUGCUAAAAUUGGAGAUAUUCCUCACUUGAAUAAUUCUACAACACUUGUGGACCCGUCAGUGUACGGUUAUGGAGUGCAGAAACGGCCCCUGGAUGACGGAGGUCUCCGUGUAAGUGGGCUCCAUGGAGCACAGAUCAGAGACACAGAGAGAAUAGGUAACCAGUUAGGGGCCCUGGUACAUCAAAGGGCUGUAAUAACAGAAGAGUUCAAAGUGCCUGAUAAAAUGGUUGGAUUUAUAAUCGGCAGGGGAGGAGAACAGAUCUCACGGAUUCAGGCAGAGUCUGGCUGCAAAAUUCAAAUUGCUCCAGACAGUGGUGGGAUGCCCGAGAGGCCCUGUGUACUCACCGGGACACCAGAGAGCAUUGAACAAGCAAAACGGCUACUGGGGCAGAUUGUAGAUCGCUGUCGGAACGGACCUGGUUUUCACAACGAUGUUGAUGGCAACAGUACCAUUCAGGAGAUUUUGAUCCCGGCAUCCAAAGUGGGUCUAGUCAUCGGCAAAGGAGGUGAAACAAUAAAACAGUUGCAGGAGCGAACGGGGGUGAAAAUGAUCAUGAUCCAGGAUGGUCCUUUGCCCACUGGAGCAGACAAACCUCUCCGUAUUACUGGAGAUGCAUUUAAAGUACAGCAAGCGAGGGAAAUGGUACUGGAGAUCAUCCGAGAGAAAGAUCAGGCAGACUUCCGAGGCGUGCGCAAUGAUUUCAGUGCUAGGAUGGGAGGAGGCAGCAUAGAGGUCUCUGUGCCCAGGUUUGCUGUUGGAAUUGUGAUAGGAAGAAAUGGAGAAAUGAUCAAAAAGAUUCAGAAUGAUGCUGGAGUUAGGAUUCAAUUUAAACCAGAUGAUGGGAUUAGCUCUGAAAGAGUUGCACAGGUCAUGGGGCUUCCUGACAGGUGUCAACACGCAGCCCACAUCAUCAAUGAGCUCAUCCUCACAGCACAGGAACGAGAUGGCUUUGGAAGCUUGGCUGUCGCCCGAGGAAGAGGCCGUGGCCGUGGGGACUGGAGCGUCGGAACGCCCGGGGGCAUGCAGGAAAUAACCUACACGGUGCCAGCUGACAAGUGUGGGCUUGUUAUAGGCAAAGGUGGUGAGAACAUCAAGAGCAUAAAUCAGCAGUCGGGAGCCCACGUGGAGCUCCAGAGAAACCCACCUCCCAACACAGACCCCGGCGUACGAAUAUUCACAAUCAGAGGGGUUCCCCAGCAAAUCGAGCUCGCUAGACAUCUCAUAGAUGAGAAAGUUGGUGGUACCAGCAUGGGUGGACCUGGAGGAUUUGGUCAGAGUCCGUUCAGCCAAGCACCCGCUACACCUCAUCAAAAUGGUCCUCAGGCGUUCAUGACGCAGGGCUGGGGCAGUACCUACCAGACGUGGCAGCAGCCUGGACAGCAAGUCCCAAGCCAACAGAGCCAGCAGCAGAACAGCCAUCCCGAUUACAGCAAAGCAUGGGAGGAGUAUUUCAAAAAACAGAGUCACGCUGCCAGUGCUGCUCCUCAGGCAAGUUCCCAGCAGGACUACACGAUGGCUUGGGCAGAGUAUUACCGACAGCAGGCUGCCUACUACGGGCAGACACUAGGGCAGGCUCAGGCACACAGCCAGGAGCAGUAGAACAAGGUCCUCGUGGCAAUUUUUUUCUCUUGGAAUCAUUGUGGAAGAAAACCUUUUUGUAACAGAGGUUUCUAGAUUUGCAACAUUUUGAUGAAGACUUUUCUGUUUGUGAAACACUAGCUGUAGGAUAAUCUAUACUGAACUUUUCUAAGAAUCAGGAACAAUUAGUAAUGUACUAAACGUAUGGACAUGCUGGUAAUUUUGUUUCCAAAUUUAUAUUAAAAAAAAAAACAAACCUCCGGGAUUCUUUUUGGAGAGAAGCCAGAGAAUUUGCAGGCACCAAAACGCACCCCAGAGCUGUGACAUUUCAACAUGUGGGUUUUUUUGUGUGUUUUUGUUUUUUUUUUUUUUCCUUUUAAUUUUCGAUCUUUUCUGUUGACACAGAAAGAGUGGCUUGGAAGUCUUAGGUGUGGUAUGUAACAAAUCUUAAAAAGAAAAAAAAAAAAAUUUAAACAGUAUUUAAAUAUUCUUAAAUAUGUAAAUUCAUUAAAUGUUUUACUUCUAAUUUCUUGUAUCUUGGCUGUCUUUGAUUUUAUUGCAUUUUUAAAAAACUGAACUAUGAUAUGUAUUGUAAUUAAUGAUAUGAAUUCUGUAUUGAGACAGUUACUGUUUGCAAGUUCUGGGCGGGGGGGCAUUUUGUAGGGUUUGUAUAAUUUCUAGAGUCUAAAGGGGUAAUAUAAAAACGUGUUAAUUUUUUUAGCAAUACAUUUUUUCAUGUCUCCAUUGCUAGUUGCAUUUAUGUAUCUAAGACCUCCAAGCUUGUUUAAAAAAAAAAAAA